AUGGAGAGCAAAGGAAUCCAUAGGGAAAAGGCAGGUUCCGGUCACGUUGCUGGGUGUUUACGCCUGGAGCCCGCCCCGGACCCCCCCCCUCGGCGCCCGGGAGCCCCCCGGAGCCCCGGCCCGACGCCCCGCAGCCUCGCAGUAGCUGAUGGCGCCACAGCCUGGGCGGGCGCUGCGGAACCCCGGUCGCAGCUAGCGCGGGGAAGAAGAGAGCCUCCCGCUGCCCGGCCCGGCCCGGCCCCAGGGCCCCGUUCGCCAGUCGCCCCCUCAGGUCCCGAAGGUUGGGCCCAGGCCGGGGUUGCCAUGGAUACUGUGUCCCUGGAGCAUCAGAUCCAGAGCGUGCAACGCCACAUCAGCUUCCUGAAAAAAGAGCAGAUGGCCCUGCUGCGAGACCUGCACCUGGAAAUCCUGAGGCUGCAGAAACGCUGUUCAGAACUGACCCAUGACCUGGAGAUAAGAGAGGCCCAAUCUCACCAGCAAGAGUUGGCAUCCCAGGAGCUGGAGAGCAAGUGUCGUGCCCUGGAGUCGCAGCUGGCGGCGCGGGCGGCAGCCAACGCGGAACUGCGGCGCGAGGUGGCGCAGCGCGAGGCGCUGGUGUCCGCGUUGCGCUGCAGCCUGCGCGCCGAGGAGCGCCGCUUCCUGGAGGAGCUGCGUCGCCGCAGUCACCGCGCCACCGUGCUGGGCACCGAGCUGCAGAAGCACACCGAGGCGGCCGCCUACCUCUCCUGCCAGCUGCACGCGGCGCGCCAGAAACUGCAGACUCCGCGCCCGGGCCCCGGCGCUGCCGCCGCCGCGGAACCCCGGGUCCGCCGGCGCGCACAGCGAGCCCGACGCCCGCCUGCCACCGAGGCCGCUGCCAAGGGCCCGGGCCGGGACUGGGCCUCCUGGGAGCGUGCGGCCGGCGCCCUGGACGACAUCGACGCCAUGCCAGACCCCGCGCUCUUCCUCUACGCCCGGAGACCCCCGCGGCCCAGCGGCCGCAGCCCGCGCCAGCCGCCUCCCCAGGAGCCCCCGGACCAAGCUGGCCCGCUGGCCGCGCCUAGCCUGCCCAGGGCGCCCGCGGACCCGGAGUAGGCGUGGGGCCGGUGAAGCGGGAACCGGGGGAAGGCGGUCCCGGCCCCGGGCUAGGGACGCAGUUCGGGCCAUACAGGCGGGUCCCUAGGGCCGAGGGAGCCGGUCCCUACCCCCAGGGAGCGGACAAAGACGGCCCCUGCUCCCCAGCCCCUUCCAGCCGCCCCCGCCUUUUGUAUCCCCUUACGUCGCCGAAGCUUCGAGCUUUCCCCUCCACCAGGGAGGUCCUCCGCAGGGCCCAACGAAUGCACCUUUUUUUCCUGGAGAGGUCUCAUAGUACCGAUCCUUAUCUGGUCCCCACCCUGCCACUGGGAGGGGAAGGCGCGGGGGUCACGCCCUGCCCCUGGAAAGCUGACAAUCGUUUGUCGUUUGGCGGGAGGGGGAAGGCCUGGCUGGCAUACGGAAAGGAAGCAGAGUGACCUGACCCUUAGCAUCCUUAGGCCUUUCAGCUGCCCGCUGCGGCCUCCCCCAGCCCCGCACGGCUACCCUUCCCGCCGAGCCUCCUCCGAGGCUCGAGCUAGGGGCUAGAGGCUGGACCUUUUCCUUGGAAGCCGCUUCUCCCCUACCCUGCUGACAGGUCCUUACAGGUGAGCACGAAACACUUUAGAAGACGCCUCCUCCAGAGCCUCUGGUGGGGAAAGUGGACAGAUGAAAGUUUGAACUUCCCGAGGUUAGCACCCCUAGUCCCUUAGAGAGGAUUACAGGAGGGGUUUGAUGGCAGAUGCUGGUCGAGGGCUGUCUCCAGCUCAGUUCUACCCUAGAACGCUGACCUAGGUGUUUAGACUCCAGGUGCAGCCAGAGAUGAGCUGCCUGGUUAGGCUUAUGGAGGUGUUAGAAACUGCCUUCAGGAGGGAGCUGGGAACCUGAAAGCUGUCCUGGGGGUUUUCCUAGUCCUGUUUAUUGGUGCUAUUUUUGCCCAGCUUCCUAAUGAGCUGGCUGCACCCAGAGGCAGGAAGAAGGGCCCAGCUUCUUGGAAGCGGCAGCAAUUGACAGAGGCUAGAGUUUGCUAGAGAUUAGUUGUGAGGCACCACACGGUGGAAACACAGGUGAGGCUCCAGCCUGGCCUUUUCCAGGAAUGCCCCCAAUCCUAUCAGACCCGACAGUGAUGGGGUACUCAGUACCCUCUGUUUAGGUUGGGGAGUGACAAACUGGAAAUACUGCCCCACCGCCUAAUGUGUUUCCCCCUCACCCCCCGCCCCCAACUAAAAGCAGGAAGUGCAGCUCCAGUCUGGCUCAUUGCUCCCACCCUAGUCCAGCCUAGAAAGACAAACCCCUGGGACCCUGUCCUCUCAUGCCAUCCUCCUCUGUUGGUCUUGCAUCAAGUCCUAAGUGCCUGUGAGGUCUUCCAGGGGCUGCUGAGGGAGGACAUGGGGCAGGGAGAGGCCUUUGCCUCACUCCCAAGCAUCCCGUCCUGGCAGGUCCUGACCUGGCUGGGGCCAAGCCUUCAGUUUGUCACCCAGGAAUCCGGGAGGUUUCUAGGGGUAAUAAACCCUUUCCCCAUCGUGGCUCCAUGAAGAAGUGGCGGGGAAAGGUCCCCAGUUAUACCCUCUUUCACUGUAUAUAUUGGAGCAGGAAACCAGUGAGCCUACUCCCACCCCCAACAGACAUGCAGGCCUGGGAGUUCCCUUGUAGUGCAGCAGGUGAAGGAUCCAGCACUGGCACUGCAGCCCCCCCGCCCUCCGGUUGAAUUCCUGGCGGGGGGAACUUCCACAGGUUGUGGGUGUGGCCGAAAACAAACAAACAAAAACAUGCGGGGUCCCUCCCAGCUCAGGACUGCUGAGAUCUCGGAGAAAUACCAGGCCUGGUUUAGGUGUCCGCCACUGGGGCACCUUUGGUUUUGUUCUUUUUUUUUUUUUUUCCCUGUCUUUUUUUUUUUUUGGUCUUUUUGCCAUUUCUAGGGCCGCUUCACAGCAUAUGGAGGUUCCCAGGCUAAGGGUCGAAUCGGAGCUGUAGCCUCUGGCCUACACCAGAGCCACAGCAACGCAGGAUCCGAGCCGCGUCUGCAACCUACACCACAGUUCACGGCAACGCCGGAUCCUUAACCCACUAAGCAAGGCCAGGGAUCGAACCCGCAACCUUAUGGUUCGUAGUCGGAUUCAUUAAGCCCUGAGCCACGACGGGAACUCCUCCCCCUGUCUUUUUAGGCCUGGGCCAGUGACAUAUGGAAGUUCCCAGGCUAGGGGUUGAAUUGGAGCUGCAGCUGCCAGCGUACACCACAGCCGCAACAGCAGAUCUGAGCUGCCUCCAAGACCUAUGCUACAGCCUGUGGUAACACCAGAUUCCCAAUCCACUGAGUGAGGCCAGGGAUUGAACCCACAUCCUCAUGGAUACUCGUAGGGUUUUUAACCCGCUGAGCCACAACGGGAACUCCUGGGGCACCCCAGGGACAGACAGUGCUGCCGGUCUAACUUGGGCCCCAGCAAUGGCCUAGGGUCCUUGCUCUGCCUGCUCCCACCUCUUACACGCACACCCCCAGUCUCUGUGGAUGUGCCUCUGCCCUCUGACUCCCCACUGUACCCCUCCACCUGUUGCUCCCCUUUUCAGAAUGUGUCUGAGUGAGGAGGCC